AUGCCUGACGAGAACGCCCACGUCCUGGCCAAUCGCCUCAAAUCCGAAUGGCGCCGGCAAAAGGCCAAGGGCCACGACAAGGCCUCCCUCACUCUGGCCUUGACCCGGGCUUUUUGGGCCAUGUUUGCCGUCGGUGGCAUCUUCAAGUUCUUACAGGACACCCUUUCCUUUGUCUCGCCACAGCUCCUCAAAUACCUCAUUCGCUACGUCAACGAGUCACAAUUUGGCGAGGCUCAACCCGUGUGGCACGGCUACGCCCUUGCCGUGGGCAUGUUCAUCACCGCCAUCUUCCAAAGCAUCUUUCUUCACCAGUACUUUCAUCGCGUCAUGAAGACAGGCAUGCGUCUACGCUCUGCCAUCAUCAAUGUCGUUUAUGAAAAGUCACUCCAUCUCAGCAACACGGCUCGCCAGCAGAGCACCACCGGCGAAAUUGUCAACCUCAUGUCCGUGGAUGCCCAGCGUUUCAUGGAUCUCAUGGGCUACCUGCAGAUGAUUUGGUCCGCCCCCUUCCAGAUUGCUCUCUCCCUCUACUUUCUCUGGCAGCUCAUGGGCCCCUCUACCCUGGCCGGUCUGGGCGUCAUGAUCCUCAUGAUCCCGCUCAACGGCGUGCUCGCCAAGGUGACUCGCGAUUUGCAAAAGAAAAUUAUGAAGGAGAAGGACGACCGCAUCAAACACAUGCACGAAAUUCUCAAUGGUAUCAAGAUCCUCAAAAUGUACGCCUGGGAGCGGCCCUUUGCCGGCUUUAUUCAGGACAUUCGCAACCGUGAGCUGAAGAUCCUGACCAAGUUUGCUUACCUCAACGCCGUCAGCUCCUUCAGCUGGACCGCGGCUCCCUUCCUCGUAUCUCUGGUCACCUUUAUCGCCUACACGCUCAGUGGGAACACGCUCACUGCCGAAAAGGCUUUCGUGUCCCUCUCCCUCUUCAACAUCCUCCGAUUUCCCAUGGCCAUGCUUCCCAUGAUGAUCACCUCCCUUGUGGAAGCCACCGUCUCCGUGAACCGCCUCCGUACCUUCCUCCUCCAUGAGGAAACCGAUCCCAGCAACGUCAUCCGUGAUCGAAUGGCCUUGGCCCUGCCCGCAGCUGUGAUGGAGCGCGGCGAAUUCUCAUGGAAUAAAACCGAUGUGGCUCUGCGAAACAUUGACCUCGUCCUGCACCAGCAGGAGAUCUGCAUGGUCGUCGGGCGCGUGGGAUCGGGCAAGUCCAGCCUAUGCUCCGCUCUUCUUGGCGACAUGUACAAGCACGCGGGUCGCGUCGUCUUGCCUGGUAAAGUGGCCUACGUGCCACAAUCGGCUUGGAUCCGCAACGCCACCGUGCGCGAGAAUAUUCUCUUUGGAAAAGCCUUUGAUGCCAAGCGUUAUAAACAAGUCAUUCACGCUUGCGCUCUCGAGCCGGAUCUCCUCAUUCUGCCAGGUGGCGAUGCUUGCGAGAUUGGCGAUCGUGGCGUGAAUCUCUCUGGCGGCCAAAAGGCCCGUGUGAGUCUGGCUCGAGCCGUGUACCAGGACUGCGACGUGUACGUUCUAGAUGACCCUCUCUCGGCGGUGGACACCCACGUGGCUUCACACAUCUUUAAACUCGUCCUUGGCCCCGAGGGCAUGCUGCGCAACAAAGCUCGUCUCCUCGUCACCAACGCCCUGCAGUUUAUGCGUGAGGCGCAAAACAUUGUUGUGAUGAACAAAGGUGAAAUCAAAGAGCAGGGCACAUUUCGCGAGCUAUGCGAUCACGAGGGCGACUUUAAGAAGCUCAUGACCGAUUUCACGACGGGCGGCACUGGCGACAAACCCACGGGAUCCAAGGAUGCGGGUGGGGACGUGAAGGAGCUAGGUUCCGAGUCAACUGAGAUUGAAAGCACCACGGACGAGCAGCGCACUUCCUCAAGCAAGUCGAACGUGAUCCUCGACUCAACGGGCACAAAGGGCUCAGACUCUGCGCUCAUGCCUGUGAACGAUAAAACGGACAAGGCUGAAAAGUCGGGAGCUGCUGGCGAAUCAGCCACCGAACAUUCGGGUCUGAUCAAGAAGGAGAAGGCGCAGGAAGGCAAUGUCAAGCUCGAUGUGUACAUGUCUUACUUCCGCGCCAUUACUUGGCCCGUCACCAUCUCCCUUCUGGCCAUGUACGUUGUCUCGUACGGUAUGCAAGUUGGCUCCAACAAGUGGCUUGAUGUGUGGAGCUCGGAACAGGACAAGCACGACCACGCCGUUUCCUCCAAUGCAACUCAGGUCCCCAACGUCCGCCCUGUGGGUGUCUAUCUGGGCGUUUACGCUGCCUUGGGUAUGGGCAACGCGCUUGGCGUUCUCUUCACCACGCUCGUCCUGGCCUACGGCUCAAUCCGCGCGAGCCGUGUCAUGCACAACGACAUGCUGCUGCGCAUCGUGCGCUGUCCCAUGUCAUUCUUUGACACAACACCGCUCGGGCGCAUUGUGAAUCGCUUUUCCAAGGACAUUUAUGUCCUUGACGAAACCAUUCCGCGCUCCCUGCGUUCGUUCAUGUCCACCUUUAUGCAGGUCGUGGCCACCAUCGUCGUCAUCAGUGUAUCCACGCCGCUCUUCAUGGUCAUCAUCUUGCCCAUGUCCCUGCUGUACUACUACGUGCAGCGUUACUACGUUGCCACCUCCCGUCAGUUGCAGCGGCUUGAAUCGGUGAGUCGCAGCCCAAUCUACGCGCACUUUACGGAGACGUUGCACGGUGUAAGCAACAUCCGUGCCUACGGCAAGGUACCAGACUUUGUUCAGGAGAACGAGGAGCGUGUUGACUUCAACCUGCAAGCGUACUACCCCUUUAUCUGUGCCAACCGCUGGUUGGCGCUGCGGCUUGAAUUUCUGGGUAACUCGAUCAUCUUUUUUGCGGCACUGUUUGCCGUGAUCGAGGUGGAGGAGAAGAGCUCGGCAAUCAGUCCCGGCACGGCUGGUCUAUCGCUCUCCUAUGCCAUGUCAGUGACGCAAACGCUCAACUGGAUGGUGCGCAUGUCAAGCCAGCUGGAGACGGAUAUUGUCGCCAUUGAGCGUGUGGAGGAGUACUGCUCGGUGCCCGUUGAAGCGCCUCCAAUUUUGGACCAUCGACCCAAACCCAACUGGCCUGAUCAAGGCAAUAUCAGCUUUGAUCACUACUGCGUGCGCUACCGUGAGGGACUUGACCUUGUGCUGCGCGAGAUCUCCUGCACCAUUGAGGGUGGGCAAAAGAUUGGUUGUGUGGGUCGCACGGGUGCAGGCAAAUCGUCCAUGACACUGUCACUCCUGCGCAUUCUUGAAGCUGCUGGCGGCCGCAUUGUAAUCGAUGGCGAGAACAUUGCCAAGAUUGGCCUUGAGGACCUACGCUCGCGCCUGACCAUCAUGCCCCAGGACCCGAUUGUCUUCUCGGGCACCAUUCGUCAGAACCUUGAUCCCUUUAAACGACACACGGACGAUGAAUUGUGGCGAGCGCUGCGCACUUGUCACUUGGGUGAUAAAGUGACUGAGAUGGAAGGCGCGUUGGAUCACGUCGUGUCUGAAGGAGGUGGCAACUUCUCACUGGGUGAACGUCAGCUCCUGUGCUUGAGUCGCGCGGUGCUGCGCAAGACCAAGGUGUUGAUUCUCGACGAAGCAACUGCCGCCGUCGACGUGGAGACGGAUGAACUCAUCCAAGAGACAAUCCGCAGCGAGUUUGCUGAAUGCACCAUCUUCACCAUUGCUCAUCGCCUGAAUACCAUCAUGGACAGUGAUAAGAUCAUGGUCUUGGACAAGGGCAAGGUCAUUGAGUUUGACUCGCCCGCGGCUCUUCUGGCCACGCGGACAUCUGUCUUCUAUGGCAUGGCAGAAUCGGCAAACCUUAUCUAGAGUGCCCUCUCACCCAUCCACAGCUUGCCUUACGGCAAGAAUAUGAGGAGACUCGCCAUGAUUUGCACCUGUCCGCUAGAACCAGAUGCAUCCGGUCUCUGUAGAACAUGCGCGUCCCAUGCGAACGAACCCGAUAGCUUCCAACUCGCCUAGUCUCGAUCCUGUUUUUGUAUCUGUGCUUACCUAUGUUUGCUCUUCUUGUUUUCUUCUUUUUCUUUCGCCUUCCUUUUUUUUAAUUUGUUUCUUUCCUCCCCUCAACCAGGACAAAGAAUGAGGGCCUGCGGCCUGGGUCUAGGACUGCGUCGUACCGAGGGUCUGCCGGCCAUUUGUAAAUUGACGUGUGACCACU